CUCAGAGCUGAUGAAUCUCCCUGGCUUUGCAGCAGCUAGGCUAUAGUGCCCUCCCACUCGUUCUAUACCUCCUGUCCUCGUCCAAUGUGUUCUAUUCACAACUAGGUAUCUCUCCAUCCCUCAGCAAUGAUCUCUCCAGCUAAACUCUGGCUGCAGCCAUCCCGUGCAUAGAGCCUUUCUGGGUUCUCCUGGGCUUUGAGGAUGGGAGAGGAACGUAGAGCUUCUAAGCAGUAUGGUUCUCUAGAAUCCACUAAAUGGCAGCAUCCAGAAACAGCCACAGGUAGGUACCUGGAUAUUACCUGCAAUACUUAGUGUCCGCACAUCCCUGCCCUGGGGACUUUGUAGCCUUGUCUGGGGAUGCUGUAGGUACAGCUGGUGGGUUUAUUUUCAGAGAAGGGAGACUGGCUAGCAGACUGCAUGAUUUAACAAUUUAUGUGCUCGCUUACAAUACAUUGCUCCCCUUUCUGGAACUCCAAGGGUUAAAUAAUCUUGGUGCAACUCCCAUUGCCAUUUUUUGUUGAAUGAAACCACUCUACUACUCUAUUAUUUAUUAACACUGUAACACGUUAAGAUUCUUGGAUCGCUUCUAUUACGAGUUCUGCUAUCGUUACGUUAAUAGUGUCUGUUUCUAAAGGACAUAGGUUUCGUUAAAUUGCGCAACAUGACCCUUAGAUCACUUGGGCACAGAAUUACGGGUUCACUAACCACUGAACGGAAAACUGGACAGCAAAAUAUAAGCUAAAAAAAGACACAUGACUUUAUUACUGAAUAUUAUAAUUUUUUUCUGAUUUACCUUAAUUUUGCUAUUCUAGGGUUAUUCACAAAACUUGAAAUUGUAGCAAAUUUAAAUUAAAAUGGCAAAACGAGGCUAAAAUUGCUGAUUUGGAAAAAUGCUCCAAAUUGGCUAUUGUCUUGGCUAUAACAGCCUAAAUUUUGCCAUUCAGAUAUUAAUCAGAUUUUUAAUUUGGAGUUUAGUGAAAUACCUGCUUGUUCUCAGUUCAUUUCAAAUCAAUAUCUAAAGCAUUAACCCCUCUCUGUUUUUCAAGUGGAAAAUGUAAUCAGUUUGGUCACUAAACUGGAAUGGUUAUCAGACAAGGGAAGUGCAAAUUUGGUAAACACAGCGAAAUUAAAGAUUUUUUUUUUUUUUCAAUUUCACUCUUUACGAAUAAUUGCAGUUCUCUUGUCGAUUUAUCCGCAGCCUCCAGUUUAGUGAUUUAACCCUUAUGUAAUGCUUUAUUCUCAGACGCCCUACUGGUCUCCCAGCUGGAAGUCCGUAUAUGAAGCCAUCUCGGCUCGACACAACCGCAUUCAUUCAUAAAAUCACAUCAUACAUAGAGCAGCGAUCUCAGAGGAUCACGUGUAGCCGCCAGAGUGUUUGCUUGAAUGAAGGGAAGCAGAGAGAUGGAAUUUUAAUGUGGAACCAUCACAGUCUGGCUUUUAAUCAUGUCAUGCAAGGGGUGGGGGGAAAUCCAAUGGGAAUGGGACGGAUAUAUUUUGACCUGACAUUAGCGAUCUUGCCAAAGCCAGUAGAAACAUCAGUGCAUUAUUAGCUAAAGCCAGAUUUCUGAAAAUCUUUUAUUUAUACAGUGCCAACAAAUUAUGCUAUACAAGAUACAAACCGCAAGGAGUAUAACAGUUGGGCAAAUAAAAAAACAAGCCGAUAUUUUUGAUUGUAGGAGUCGAAAGAUUACACUCUCACAGAUGAUGGACAGAUAAGACUCAAGUAGGUUUAUUCAUUAAACAUUAAACCUGGAAUACAUGCGAUUGUGAGGUUCCUAGCACUUGUUAGAUCCGGAUAUGGCAGCUGGUACUUCCCAAACCAGGGUCUCUAUCUGGCAGUAACUAGGUAUAGGUCAGGAAAAGGUACAGGGAAGCAGCGCCUUCUAGGUGUCCUCAAACUCGUAUGAUGGUGAGUCAUUAUGGAAAAUAUGAGGACAGAAAACAGAAUAUAGUGUAGUAUAUUCUGUAGGCGGUGAGGUAAAAUAAGAAAAAUGCCACUUACAAUUUUCUGGAGCUUCUGUUCAGCUCCAGAUAUAUGCCUCUUGGUGGUAUGAUCCCUGCCUGUGGGUAUGUCACUCAGCUUUAGCUAAAACACUAACGCAGUUCACCUAAAGGGGCUUUUCAAAAUGAACACUUUGAAAAAAAAAAAAGCCCCUUUGAGUGAAAUGCGUUGGUGUUUUUAUGUUUGCGUUAAAUAAAGCUUGUUUUUUACCUUACCUGGUCCUUCCUGAUUUUAUGCCUGAAGAUUUUAUCCAGAGGAGCCAGUUUCUACCUCCUUGGGGGGGGUGGGGGGGUUUGCUCACAUGAUUGAGCAAAAACCUAAUCUUUGCUCUCCUUUUGUGAGUAUACCUCCUUUUAUUUUGCUUUUAUAACAACAAAACAGAGAGCAGAAUUUUUCCGUUUUUAUUCUCAUUUUAUGUACUUGGUGAAUAUCUGUGACAUUGCAAUUUGGAGGGAAAUACCCGUAAGCGCUCGACACUCUGACGCUUGACCCUGACCUACCAUCUACAAGGAACCAAGCUGGGCGACAUAUCCAAAGGCAGGGAUUAAACCUGGAAUGAUGGAGAAUUGACAAGAGAGCUGCAAAUGUCAGGUCAAAAUAGCUGAAUUAAGAAAAUUCUCCAACACAGUUUGACUGUUUUGGUCUGAAGUUGCAAUUCCCAUAUCAAGUCUCCACAUUUCUUAGUUUAUUGAAUAUACUUUUAAGGAGUGUAUAGCCGGCCAAAAGCAAAAUAAAUGUGUUGCUUAUUAUGUGGAUAUUAGGGGAAUUUUGGUGUUAAAAAGUUAUUCCAGACACCAUGACCAUUUCAGUCAGUCUGUAUGCGUUUCGCUACGAAGCUCUGCACAUACGCAGUUUAACACUUCUCCUGCCAGAGGUGUAACUCCACCUUCUGCAGCGUUAUUGGGGCUUCAUAUUCUUACAGAAUGUCAGUCAUAGGCUCACGCUCUCAACCAAUGAAUGGCGAUGACUACAGGUUCUGUGACUUUGCAGAAGUCGAAAGUGCAUCAACGGACAACCAGGAAGUAUCGGAGCCCACCUAGAACCCAUGUAUGGGAGCAAACCGUUGCUAAAGGGUUUGCCCCGUUACUGGGGAACCGGGCCAGAGUACUCCUGACUUCAUGAUCGGAGUAAAAGAAUGCAAUCAAUUUAGUUUGAUGUUCCAUAUGAAUUUUGGGGGGUUUAUUAGACUAUUUUUAUACAAUAAUAUUAUAAUAUAACUAUUGUGUGUAUAUAUGUAGUGUGGCACAGUUUUGUUUUUUUUCACUAAUUCCUGAAUUCUAGUGAAUUCAGAAAAAAACAAAACCCUAAAUUGAUAAAUUUAAGCCAAAAUAGAAAAAGUCUCCAACUGAGCUAUUUCAGCUUGGCUAUUUCAAUUUACUGCAUAAACUCCUAUAUCUAGCGGCUGAGAUUUCCCUGGGUACGUAGCAGACACAAUAAUUCGGAUCCUGUGCAUUCUAUUCGUAAACAGUGUAUUGAUCAGACUGGGUCAGCAGUGCAGCGUCCUAGCAUAGUCUAAUCUGCGUCAUGUACUUGCCCUGGGUGAAUGAUCGCAUUACGGUAGGGAAUUCCUGUGAAAGCACGUACUCAGUCUCUUCUGCGAUAUAUAAAUCUAUAUUCUAUCACACGGAAAGGCAGCACUAAACAAUCACUUUAAAUCACAGAUAUAUCCCUGUUUGGACAGAAUGUCUGUUAGCUAAGGGGCCAUAUUUUCUUGUUUAAUUAGUUCUGCUUAUAUAAGAUUCACCUUGCAGGCUAAUCCUUCUAACUCAUCCUCACAGUGUACAUUUUCUAACCAGAGCCUAGUAAAUAGGGAUUAAAAAUGUAUUUUUCUUGGUUUUAUAAAAGAUUUUUUUUCCUCCGCUAUUAAGCUCCUUAUGAAAAAUAAAAUUGGAACACUGGUUUAGUACGGCUCAAUUAACUUAAAGAUGUAAAAUCUGUGCAUUGUGCUUGUUAGAUAAACUCUGCAGGAUGCCAGUUUGUCUUUACUGGUUUCUACCCUUAUACAUGACUGCAGACUACAUUGAUAUGCUCAUAUAAAUUCUGUACUCUCUCUGUAGCUCAUUCACUAAACAGUGAUAUGAGGCAAAUUCACAGCAGAGCUGUAAAACAUAUGGUGACGCAUAGACGAAAAUCUGGUGUUUCAGCCACUGCGCAUGCACCUGUGCUGCCAAUCAUUUAAACUGGAAGAAAGGAGAUUUAGUCUAAGGCAAAGGAAAGUUUAUUUUUUUUUAUUUUUAUUUUUUUUACAGUAAGAACAAGGAUGGGGAAUUCUCUGCCUGAAGAGGGGGUUUUAGAGUCUGUACAGAUGUUUAAACCACAAAUGGAUAAAUACGUGCAAAAACAUAAUAUACAAGGAUUUAAGUUUUAAUUAGUGGGGUAAUAGCUUCUUGAUCCAAGGAGAUAUCAGACUGCCAUUCUGGGGUCAAGAAGGAAUUGUUUCCCAGUUUGCUGCAAUAUUGGAUGCACUUCAGACUGGGUUUUUUUUUUACCUUCUUUUGGAUCAACAGCAAAAAACUGAUGUGAGAAAGGCUGAACUUUAUGGACUCGUGUCUCUUUUCAGCUAUGUAACUAUGUAACUCCAUGAGGGGUGCCAGUAUUAGAGGAGGGGAACAUGUGAUCGAUUAAAAAAAAUAAAUUAAAAAAAAAUCUGUUUUCUGAUUCUGUUUGUUCUACACUUGUCUUCACAACAAGCCACAGGAGAACAUACCUCCAGACACUGGCAGUGAGCUGAGCACUAGGACCAUGCGUAGACUGCUUGAGGUUUCUGGCUGUCAAUCAAGGUUGGCAGGGAAGAUUUGCAGGUACGGGGUGUGACAAACAGUGGUGCCACAUACAGCACUGGUGAUACAGCGAAGGGGCCAGCCUGAGUAAAAAUGGUCAUGUUGUGCUGAGAAUGCAUGCUACGUCGAUUGGCAGCUGCACUUGUCAGUGCCACUCGGGACUGCUUAUCCAUAGGGCACUAUUGAAAAGCUACCAUAUUCACCCAAGAUCCUGACUUAAAGGGUUUUUCACUAAAGUGAAAUUUCAAAGUGAAUUUCACAUUUAAGGUCAAAAUAGCCAAACUGGAAACAUUCUCCAAGUCAGCUAUGCUAUCAGUUGGGCUACUCUGGCCUUAAAUUUAAAUUUCACUUUGAUUUCUCACUUUAGUAAAUAACCCUGUUAGGUUCCAUAACUCAAGCACAUCAAAAGCGUUUCUACUUUGUUUAUUGAGGGCUUGUACCAGGUGUCACUAGAAUUUGGACCCCAAAGAACCAACCCAGGAGGGCUGGACAGCAGGCCAAAUUCAGAACGGUCUUGCUGAAUCCUUGAAGGUUGGGCACUGCCUGCUGUUAUAGGCAUCCUCUAUCUGAACCUCUUUAAUAAAAUGUUGACUACAAAAAAAUAAAGUUGUAGCCUUUGUUUAUCACAGGCCUGUUUUAAGGGACACUCCAGACCCCUAAAGCAUUUUAGCUUGCUGAAUUGCUUUAUGUGUAACUAGUGUGUCCUUAUUUUUCAAUUUACAAAAAGUGCAGAUUUUAAUCGAAAUUGUCACUUUAAUAUAUUAAGCUUGUUACACCCCCUUGGCUGUCAAUCAGACAACUGGUCCUGUUACUUCCUGGUUUAGUGGAGCUAAAUUCAAGAGGCAGCAAUUGCUCAGAGCAACUGCCUUGUAAAGACUUCUCAUUGGAGAAAAAAAGGAGUGCUUGCAAAGGCUUUAGACAAGAGAGCUGCAGCUUUUGCAAGAUUUUUUUUAGAUUUACCCCAAAUCAAAAAAAUGCAUAAUUGAAUUGUGAUUUUAUUCAAAUUUAUUUUAUUUUUAUCUGGGCUGCAGAGUGUCCCUUUAAUGAACAACACAGAUCCUUUUUUAUUCCUUGCAAAGCCUGGGACAGCAGAGCAGGUAUCCCUAAUCAGGACUGUUCUGCUGGAUUUAGGUCAGAUGGGUGGUAUGCAAUGAUCUGUUUCUUUGGCUAAAGCUGUCUGAACGUGAAGCUAUUAUCAACGUAGCUAAUGUGAACAGCCAUAGCUGUAGCGGCCAGCAGCUGCGUGUCAUUCAGCCCUGUCUUUUCUGGGUGCUUGGUAGCUGCUGAUGUAUUGUCUAUUAACUGUUUAUAAAUUGGAAUAAUGACUUGUUCUUCCUCGACAUCUUCAGCGAUAUCACUCAGCUGGUUUUAAUUUAGGUCGUAUUCAAAGUUACUCUUGUCAACAGGGAAUUAAAUAGCAAACAAGUGGAGGGAAAGAUAUUACAAGGAUCUGAUCAUAUUCAGAUAAAAGAGAUCACAGGAAAGGGAAUGGAACAGACAACAGAAUAUUCCAUAGAGCUGUGAUACAUCAGUAUCUGGCUAUGUUUACUAAUCUGCAGAGAUAAAUGGAUUCUUUCUGCUUCAGACAAUUUAAAUCGGCAAAUGCCUCAACAAACCAUUAUUUUAUUUUAGGAAACAUUUGAUAAAUAUAACACAUUGUUCAUUUACUGUUUAUCUACAAAGAAUCUUAAAACGUAAAUAAGUUAACUAUAAUUUCUAAUAUCAUAGAUUGCGUUGUAUAUUGCAAUCAAUAAUUAAUUCCAAAAUGUGAAUGUGCUGAUGAUAAUAUGUUUAAUGGUCAGUGUUGGGUAAAUGGUUCUAAAGUGCCCUCAAUAAAGUUAUUACCUUGCCCCUCCUCCUGCGUGUGAGGUAGUGAUGUGCUAAACACGUGUGUUCCUGCAUUACCCAGUUAUCCUACUUUAAACAUGCAGGUUGCAACAGUCAGUCUGUCAUAGAACCAAAAAAUACUUCUAACAAUGUCAUGUUUAAAGGAGAAUUCUAAAUCAUAACCUCUACAGUGUGCCAUAGUAGUUGUGGUACCUGGAGCUGUCCAAAGGUAAGUAGUCACAUAACUUUUAAGCAAUUUAAGACUUGCCUGAAUCCCCCUGUGUACCUGCAGUCUGGCUUCCUCUUCAGAUAUAGGUACACUCCUCUGCAUUAAAUUAACCGAUUUCAUCCCUAUUUGGACAGAGUCAAUCAAUUCUGUCCAAAUACACGCAGCGAUUUAUGUCACUGCUUAAGUAGGGAUUUCUUUUUUUAGUAAUAUCUGAAGAGGAGGCUGGACUGCAGAUGCCCAGGGUGCACAGAUAAGUCUCAAACCAUUAUAAAACAGUUUGUCUACUAAUCAUAGGAUUGCACCUGGGGACAACUGGCAGCAUAACUGCUAUCCCGUGCUGUAGUGGUUAUGGUGUUUAGGAUGCCUCUUCAAUGGCCAGUCUUCCCUGGCACCAAACUGUAAUUAUGAAAGCCACCUGUUAAGAGUCAGUCUCAGCGAGAACCAAUUACCUAUGGGGAUUUUGAAGAUCCUGGAUGUCCUCAUGCAAUGCAGCAUGCCCUUUAGUUGCCCCCUUGCAAUGAGAUUGGAGGAGGAAGGGACGCAGCCAGCGCCAAGGGGCGCUGGAAUAAGGUAAGUGACAACUUUUUUUACUCUUUCAUUGCAGCAGGGGUCAGUGGCAGCGGGGCAGAGAGGUACUAUAGUGUUAGGAAUACAGCUUUGUAUUCCUAACACUACAGUGUUCCUUUAAACUGUAGGGGUUCUUUGGACUAUAGGUUCCCUUUAAACUCAGUCUUUUCAAUAAACAAUUGGUACCAACAAUGACGUGUUUAAUAGUCGGUAUUUUCUAGAACCAAAGUUUACUAAUGACACUGUCAUAUUAAGAAGUGUUGAAUGACAUUGACAUACUUAAAGGUAAUUGUCUGUUUGAAGUAAAGUGUUCUAAUGACAUUUCUAAGGGUCACUCUGUCCUAGAACCAAAAUAUAUUAAUACUGUGACAUGUUUAAUGGUCACCCCAUGGUGGGUUUGACCACUUGUGAGCAUAAUAUCCUAAAUUUGUUUCCGGAAUGAUAAGAAAGUGAGAAAAAUUCUCACCUACGUAAAUCUCUCUUGCAGUAAAAAUUACCAAGUUAUUUUUCCAAGUCUUUUAGAAAUUAUUGAGUUUAAACUCAUCCAUCUGAGCAAAAAGCAAUUACAGAUUUCAAAGUGACACAUUGUCACUCUUAAUACGGCUCAGAAUAAUUGCCGGGAAUAAUUGUCUGAACUGAACUAAGAAAACCUCCAGUCAGGAACAUAAUGUCCCUUUAAAUUGUUCUUUGCAAUUUGAUGACUGUAUUAACCCAUUGGGGAAGAUAUUGUAAAUGUGUAUAUAUCGCAAAAUAACUAAAUUAAAAACAUGGCUAACUGGGAAAUAAUAUAAUCCAACUAUUUUGGCAUAAAACUUAAAAUUCACUUUAAAUUCCCCAAAUUUGUGGCUGUCCCUUUCUCUAACAUGCACAUUUUUGUUUGUAUUUUUUAGGAGAAGAUGUUAUCUCAAUGGCAGAUUCUACGACCACUGUGGAUGACAUUGAGGGUGAACUGUUUAAGAUUGAAAGGAUCCGGGAAAUCCUAGUGAGGAGAGAGUCUGAGCUCCGUUACAUGUAAGUACUAACUAUGUAAAAAGCGUAUACAGAGAAUUUUCUCACUGCUGACAUGCUAAAUGUAGUGGUAUAGUAUUUUUAAUAAUUAGUAAAAAAAAAAAUUUAAAUCAUAGCUGGAAGUCUAGAAUGAUACUUUGAUAACAUUAAUGGCAAACAAAAUAGUUCUAUCUCAGAAAGAUCUGACCUGCACGUUUGACAGUUUCUAUAGUGCAGUGGUAUUGAUUAUAGAAGAUAUGGCUGUCAUGAAAGGGACACACAAGACCCCUAAAGCACUUCACUUUGUUGUACAGCGUGUUCUUUUUUUUUUUUUUUUAUUUUACAAAAAGUGCAGAUUUCAAAAGAAAUUGACACUUUUAUAAAUUAACCUGGUUAUACCCAUAUGGCUGUCAAUCAGACAAUAAGUCCUGUUAAUUCCUGGUUUAAUUAACUCAGUGGAGCUAUGCUCACGAGGCAGCAAUUGCUCAGAGCACCUGCCUUGCAAAGACUUAUCAUUGAGCUGCAUUGGGCAGUCUGUGAUUGGACAGACACAGAAAGUCUGGGCGGGGUUAGAAGGGGAGGGCUUGAAAAGGCUGCAGACAAGAGAACUGCAUAUUUAUCAAGCUGUUUAUAAAUAUACCGAAAAAAAAUAAAUAAUUAAAUGAAUGCAGGUUUUCAUUGGAGGUAUAUCUACUAAAUAGCAAUGUUAUUUUUUAAUUUGUGCAGUCAGUGUCCCUUUAAAGCAGGGGUGGGGAACCUUUGGCCCUCCAGAUGUUUUGGACUACAUCUCCCAUAAUGCUCUUACAUCCAUAAUACUGGCAAAGCAUCAAAACCACUACUGCCUGUAAUAGUGGUUAUGAAGCCAGGAGUACCCUGCUGCCAUUCCCCGGUAUAACCAUAUUGCAACAGUUUGCCUCAGAACUGGGUUCUGCCGAGUGCUGAUUCUCCUCUCAUGACAGCUGAACCAACAUCUGGCUUCUGCAAAGUCAUUCAUUGGCUGAGCACAAAGAAUGAACACAAUUAUCAGUCGCCAGCCAGGCCGGAAUUCAUCAAGUGUUUUUUCCAUCAACUCCACAUAGUUAGUUGCCUUUAAAGGAACACUAUAGUCACCUAAAUUACUUUAGCUAAAUAAAGCAGUUUUAGUGUAUAGAUCAUUCCCCUGCAAUUUCACUGCUCAAUUCACUGUCAUUUAGGAGUUAAAUCACUCUGUUUCUGUUUAUGCAGCCCUAGACACACCUCCCCUGGCUAUGAUUGACAGAGCCUGCAUGAAAAAAAAAAAACUGGUUUCACUUUCAAACAGAUGUAAUUUACCUUAAAUAAUUGUAUCUCAAUCUCUAAAUUGAACUUUAAUCACAUACAGGAGGCUCUUGCAGGGUCUAGCAAGCUAUUAACAUAGCAGGGGAUAAGAAAAUCUCAAUUAAACAGAACUCGCAAUAAAGAAAGCCUAAAUAGGGCUCUCUUUACAGGAAGUGUUUAUGGAAGGCUGUGCAAGUCACAUGCAGGGAGGUGUGACUAGGGUUCAUAAACAAAGGGAUUUAACUCCUAAAUUGCAGAGGAUUGAGCAGUGAGGCUGCAGGGGCAUGUUCUAUACACCAAAACUGCUUCAUUAAGCUAAAGUUGUUCCGGUAACUAAAGUGUCCCUUUAAUGUACUAUGUCAGGAAUUGAUUAGAGAUUUAGUGCCACGUUAAAAACUCAGGUAUUGGGACAUGAGCUCCGAGCUCUAGGGUUUUGCGUCUGUCUGGGAUCGACACCGGCUUGCAUUCCAAAAAUGGUGACCGCUCUAACAGCUCACCAGUUGUUGACUUGUCGAUAGUUAUCAAAUAAUAAAUUGUCAUUUAUAAACAUGACACUUAUAUAGAUAUGCAAGUGGUAAAUGUCUGGAGUUACGUCACUGCGUUGUGUCCAUGAAAUCCAUCACUUCUUUUCCUUAUUUGAUGAAGGAACAUCUCAGAAACUUAAAAAAAAAAAAUUGCAUUAAAGACUGUGGAUUAGCAUCACAACGUGGCACCUUCUCAAUUCUGCGAAGGGUUAAAAUUCCACAGGUUAACAAUUUUUAGCUUUCCCUUCAUUCUUAGUAUAGGAAUUAUAAUGGUGACUAAAAAUGGUUAAGUACCCUCACGAUGGCAGGUGCCUGUCUAACCCCUGGGGUCAAAGCGGCUACCUUCGGGUUCCCUAAUGAUUAAUCCAGCUAUGCUUGUCACACUUACAACGUCUUGGAAAGUGUCUUCUAGAAUAUGUGGUUAUAGUACUCGGGCUUUGUCUGGCGAGAAAUGGAUUAAUGCCUCAUACAUUCGUAUUUACCAACUCAAAUAUUAUACUAAAUAAAAUAUUGAAGUUUAAACAGAAUUCUAAAUGUUGAGGGCUAACUGUGUUCCUUUCUUAAAGAGCAAUUUUUGUUCAAUGUCCUAGAAAUGGAACAGUGAGAAUAUUCCGUUAGUUUCCGUGGCGACAGCUUCACUCUUUACCACUUUGCAUUUGUACAACUGCUGUUUAAACAAAUGGUUGACGCUGGUUAAAGGAUAUAAUACGAUUACAAUGCAUUAUACUGAAUUCCGAGGCAGAAGCAGCUUUUCUUACACCAUGUUGAAUAUUCUGUAUACAUCUGCCCAGCUGGUUUUAAAAUUUUAAAAUAAAACCACGUAUUUUAGGUCAAGCUAUACCUGAGCCGGAGAAUUUUCGAGUUCAGCUUACGUGGCCUAAGUUUUUGAAAUCUCAUGUAAAUCCUCCACAAUUGCUGGCUUAGUAAAUAGGCACAAUUUUCCAAAAACCAUGUCAUAGGUUCAUUUUUUAUUCAGUUAAAUUCCAGCAUAUUUCAUUGCGCUGUACAAUAAGAAGCAGAACACACACUUUCUGUUUUCCUGGCAGGGAGGAGGUUAAGGGAUCAUCCUAUCUUACUGUCAGGAGAAGCGCAGCGAUGCAUUUGAGUCAGUACAGGAUGAGUCACCGUGAGCCCCACUCUAGAGGCUGCUUAGCAACGAGCGGGGAUGCAGGGCAAUAAGGACCAGCCGGGGGAUGCACACACCUCACCUCACAUGUCCAGAUUUGUUAACACAUCCUGGCUGCAGACACGUGCUGGGCUUUGCAGAGAGAUUGCGGCUACAGGUGUAAAGAAGAAAACAUAUUAGCCAUCGUCUGCUGUAACUAUGGGACAAGUGAUUUUCCCUCCUAGAAAUCAUUUAUACCAAAACUAAACAGUCCAACUGCAUCUCCCAGUGUGCUCAGCAGCCAUUAGCAAACCAUGAUUUCCUUUCCUGGCCAGACCAGGGAAGCACGUUCAAAGGAGUUUUAGGAAUUUCUAAGAAUUUUUUUUAAUCUGGCUAAAGUAACUAAAAAUGUGCAACUUAUUUUGCAUUCUCUAUCAAUUCCGACCUAUACUAACUUUAGUCCGUAAUCCAGAUGAAGUGAUAUGCCAGUCUUUCUAAACAUUACGUAGAUACUCUUAAUAUAGUGUUGCAGAAUAUGAUGGCGCUCUAUAAAUAAUAAUGCAUGAAAAAUACUUGUUCAACGUUGUUUAACUACACCCUGUUCCAAAUUAUUAUGCAAAUUCUAUUUAAGUGUCACAAAGAUUAAAUAUUUUGUUUUUCAGUUUAACUCAUGGAUGGCAUUGUGUCUCAGGGCUCUUUUGAUCUCUGAAAACAAUCUCGGACACCUGUGAUAAUUAGAUUGCCAGGUGAGCCUAAUUUAAGGAAAAACUACUAAAGGAGGGUGUUCCACAUUAGUAAGCAGAGCACCAUUUCCAUGCAAUAUGGGGAAGAAAAAGGAUCUCUCUGCUGCCGAAAAGAGUGAAAUAGCUCAAUGCCUUGGACGAGGUAUGAAAACAUUAGAUAUUUCACGAAAACCUAAGUGUGAUCAUCGCACUAUUAAGAGAUUUGUGGCUGAUUCCUAGCACAGACGGGUUCGUGCAGAUAAAGGCACAUUGAGAAAGAUAUUUCUGCCAGAUCCAUGCAUCUGAUCAAGAGAGCAGCUGCUAAAAUACCAUUACAUAGCAGCAAACAGAUAUUUGAAGCUGCUGGUGCCUCUGGAGUCCCACGGACAUCAAGGUGUAGAGUCCUCCAGAGUCUUGCAACUGUUCAUAAACCUUCUAUUCGGCCACCACUAACCAAUGCUCACAAGCAGAAAUGGCUGCAUUGGGCAUAAAAAAAAAUGAAGACUAAUUUUCAAACAGUCCUGUUCACUGAUGAGUGCCGUGCAGCCCUGGAUGGAUGAAUGGAGUAGUGGAUGGUUGAUGGAUGGCCACCCUGUUCCAACAAGGCUGCAACGUCAGCAAGGCGGCGGUGGAGUCAUGUUUUGGGCCAGAAUCAUGGGAAGAGAGCUGGUCGGCCCCUUUACGGUCCCCGAAGGUGUAAAGAUGACCUCUGCAAAGUAUGUGGAGUUUCUGACUGACCACUUUCUUCCCUGGUACAGAAGGAAGAACUAUGCUUUUCAUAAUAAAAUCAUCUUCAUGCGUGACAAUGCACCAUCUCAUGCUGCAAAAAAUAUCUCCGCAUCAAUGGCUGCUAUGGGGAUAGAAGGAGAGAAAGUCAUGGUGUGGCCUCCACCCUCCCCUGACCUCAAUCCUAUUGAGAACCUUUGGAGCAUCCUCAAGCAACAGAUCUAUGAGGGUGGGAGGCAGUUUACAUCCAAACAGCACCUUUGGGAGGCUAUUUUGACAUCUUGCAAACAAAUCCAAGCAGAAACUGUCUAAAAACUCACAAGUUCAAUGGAUGCAAGACUUGUGAAGCUGCUGUCAAAUAAGGGGUCCUAUGUUAAAAUGUAACGUGACAUGUUAAAAUGUUUAAAAAGUUAAAAUGUUGUUAUAAGUUUGAUUGAAAUAGCUUUUGAUUUCAGUAAAUAUGCUGCAAACACAACAAAUGACAAUUUCCGGCUCUUUACAACCUAUAAAGUGUUUUGAAACUUACUGUGCGUAAUAAUUUGGAACAGUGCAUUGUAAGUUUAUGUUAUCAUUAGGAGGUUUGUUCAAUAAAAUUUGAAUUGUACUCUUAAUAGUUGAUAACAUGAGAAUUAUGCUGACUGUUAUUUACAUCAAUUAUUUAGGUAAAUGAGAAAAAUAUAAUUUGCAUAAUAAUUUGGAACAGGGUGUAUAGUGGUAAUAUAGGAAAAAAACAUAAUGCUGAUUUCUCUUGACUCCACUUAAAUCGACUGUCAAGUCAAUAUAGUCUUGUUUUAUUUUUUAUUAGAUCUCUAUCUUCAUUUGAUCUUUCUGUUUUUUAUCUUUUAUUUUUGCUUAGUUUUUUUGUUAUACAUUAGGAGAUACUACUUUUCCUAAUAUAUAAUCAUCAAGUUGACAAAACUUGACAAAAGGCAGAGUUUCAGGUUUUGCAGAACAGAUACUCCCUUCCCAACAGCAUCCUAUAUUGAGCGAUGGUUGUCAAGCAAUGUGCAAGUUAUAGCAAGUGUGAACACCAGGCAAAUAAAAUGGUGGGCAGCAGCAUUUCGUACAAAUUAGAGUUGAAUCACCAAAUUUCCUAUGGAGAUUGAAGAAAAAAGAUGAUGAGGGGCGAAAUUAUAAUUUUAUGGUAUCCUCAAUGGAAAAAAAGGAUGGAUUUUCGUAAUAAUAUUUAGACUAAAAGUGGCGGGAUCAGGUGAUGAAUUGAAUUUCAAACAUACAAAAAAAGAAACCAGUCAAAUUUGAAACCAGGGCUUUGGGCUUGGUUAGGUGGGAUAUGGUAAUGUCAUCAGUCAAGUGAUAAAGUUUGGUUAAUUGCAAGGAAGCUGAAGGAGAAGAGCAGAUGACUGGCUUAGAUUUAGUGAGGUUAGGUUUCAGAUAGGUUUUGGAUAAGAUAAGAUGAGAAAGGCGAGGAACAGUUAGUAAUCUUGGAAAAAGAGGUAGAUCAGUGUGUAUCAACAGCAUAUUUGUUCCACGGUAAACUAAAAAUUGUUAUGGUGGUAAGAGAACGGUUGUAGAGGGAGAAGAGCAGAGGUCCAAGGUCUGGUCCAUGUCCAAAACACAGAAUAGAAAGUAUAACGAGAAGUAACCAUGACUGCUGACCCACCAGUCCCAACCAACAACCCGUUGCCCCACAAUAAUACAUAUGACACCUCAUUCUUGUGGAUAAGGGCAACGGCCACAGCUUUAUUUAAAUUACCAAUUUAACUCAGUCCAAAUCUGCCAGCUGUUGGGUGUUUGCCCAACAGGCAGUUCUCACACACAUUCGGUGCCAUGAGCCUCGACAGCCAGCUCCUCGCCAUCAGCUGUCAUCUUCCCAAAGUUCCUUUCUUCCUCUGCACUGUCCAGGGAAACCGCCAAGCUGUGAAAACACAAAAAACAACGACACGAGACACAAGCCACAACACCAGAAAUGGGGGGGAGGGUGGGAAAACUGUCAGGAGCCCUCAACUGAUUCUGCUGACUGGUAAGUCCCCUCCCUCUCCUUUUCCUUAAGAACCCCAAUCUUAGCAACAUUGUAACUUCCAUGAUCCAUCCCACUAUCUUGGGCAGCAGUCAUGUUCCUCCUUCCUUAUUGUUCCAGAGGGAAUCUUGACUGUUGACCCACCAGUCCAAACCAACAACCCGUUGCGCAACAAUAAUACAUGUGACACCUCAUUCUUGUGGAUAAGGGCAACGGCCACAGCUUUAUUUAAAUUAACAAUUUAACUCAGUCCAAAUCUGCCAGCUGUUGGGUGUUUUCCCAACAGGCAGUUCACACACACAUUCGGUGUCAUGAGCCUCGACAGCCAGCGUUGGUUUAUAACUCCAAAUCCGUAUUGGACACUGCCAGGCGCACCCAAGAAUGAGCUCCAUACUUGCAGAUCCUCUCGCUGUCUAUGGGUGAUCCGAAUGAAGUGAAACAGCUGCUUGACUUCGGCAAAAAGCCCUACCCAUUGGUAGCACCCGACAGGCAAAGUUUAGAUGCCCUAGCAAUGCCUGUAACUGCCGGAGCUGAACCUUUUUAGCUCCUUUUACUGAAUCCAGACACAGCAGGUGAGACCGUUUCUCAUCCGGCAACCGGAAAACCAUACUCCGCGAGUCCACUUCGAUACCCAGGUAGGACAGAACCCCCACUGGACCAACCGUCUUCUCCUCCGCUAUUGGCACACCAAACCCCGACGCGACAGCUCUAAAUGAAUCUAGGAGCACCACGCAGUCAUCCAACUCCCAUGGGCCCACAAACAAGAAAUCAUCUAAAUAGUGAGUUAGUGACGCUAACCCGGAAAACCGAGCAACCACCCAUUCCAAAAAGGACGCAAACAUUUCAAAAUAAAAACAAGAGAUAGCACAUCCCAUAGGCAAACACAUAUCAAAGAAAAAGGAACCCUGAAACUGGCAACCCAACCGGUGAAAGCAGUCCGGGUGGACCGGGAGCAGUCGGAAAGCGGACUCUAUAUCCGAUUUGGCCAACUGAGCUCCCCUCCCUGCCUCCCGGACCAACUCCAAAGCCCGAUCAAAGGAGGCAUAGCGACUGUGCGGCGACUCCUUGUCAAUGUCAUCAUUCACCGACCACCUGACGAGUAUGACAGGUGGUGAAUGUGACGAAAGGAUCCAGGCUCCUUCUUAGGGACCAGCCCCAGCGGGGAUACCCGCAAAUUGGGAAAUGGCGCAGUAUCAAACGGGCCGGCCAUCCUGCCCAAAUGCACUUCCUUCAUCAACUUCUCCUCCAAUAUCCCUUCUUUACCCACCACUGAACGCAGAUUGUCCGCUAACGAAGGGGAAUCCGAAUGCACAAACGGAAUCCAAAACCCUACCGAAAACCCCUCCAGCAGGACCUCUGCCUCCUUACGCUUGGGGUACCUGUCGAGCCAAGGGCGCAUCCUUAGGAUGCUCACCGGAGUCCUCUCCUCUAGGGAGGUCCUCCCUAGUGGGCCUCCCACAUUGCUCACCUUUCUAGAAGCAGCGCAGGGCAGGGUAGGCCCCUUCACAAUGAGAGCACUCGUGUCUGAAUCGACACAAUCCAAACCACUUGCAAUGGCUCUCAUUGUAGAGCCAACAGACGCCCCUGCGCAUACCCAGAGGGGACAUCUCGCAACCCGGCAAGCACCCCCGCACCCUCCCAGAAUGCACCCCCCCAUGCCUACUCUGAUCCAGGGACUGGGAAGGGAGCGUGCUAGCAGCUGGGCCUGGGAGCCUAUCUAACACUGCCCUAAGCAACCCCAGCACCUCUUUCCCCCCAAACCCAAGAAUGAGCCUAUCCCCAGCCAGCGCACCUCAAGCGCUGGCGAAACACUCACCCGUGGCUGCCUGAGGAUGCUGAGAUGCCUCCUCCUCAGAACCAGAACUGGACUCUGUGGGGGUCUGGAACCCGCGGUCAGCCUCCUGGCCUGACCGCAAGCUGCUGUCUGAAGUACCUGGACCGUCAUGCCUCUGAUUCCUGCGACUGGGUGUCCUCCUGGGAGCUCUUUGUGUGGUUUCCAGCUCACUUCCUGCCGGAACCACGCUCACUUCUGGCCGUGCGCACGUCAUGCGUGCCGACGCAACUUCCGGUCGGGCCGGAAGAGAAGCUCGCGGGGAGCGAGAUCUUCCCGCCCUCCCUUCACCGUGGCUUCCUCCGCCAUCUUGGGCCUGGGUGCCUUCACCUGCCGCUACCCGGAUCCUCUGGCUCCCGAACAACGCUGGCCGCUCCUGGUGCACGGCCGAGCCGCCUCCUCUCCUGGCACAGAACUGGGCUCGGUGAUAGACGCGACGGAGGACUUGAUCUCCUGGCCCUCCGUCCGUUUCGGGUUGCAGACUGACCGGCCAUCUCAUCCUGGGGGACACUAUUCAUGCCCGAUACCAGCUCCUCCAGGGCCCCUUGUCCGUGGGUCUCCAGGUAAGAUUGCAGGAGCCUCUGCAAUGCAGCUCCAUUGGCAGCCAUGACCGCAGCAAUCAGAUUGUCAGUAACAGUAUGGAUUCAUCGUUUAGGUGAUAAGCCAAAAAAAGUUAAAAAAAAUUUUUUUUGAUCCCUAAAUGUUUUCUUUUCUGAAUAACAGGGGGCAGUCAGGUAAGAAAAAACAGUCAGGAGCCCUCAACUGAUUCUGCUGACUGGUAAGUCCCCUCCCUCUCCCUUUCCUUAAGAACCCCAAUCUUAGCAACAUUGUAACUUCCAUGAUCCAUCCCACUAUCUUGGGCAGCAGUCAUGUUCCCCCUUCCUUAUUGUUCCAGGUGGAAUCUGAAAACGCGUUAAAGAUGUUAAGAUUGAAUAGGUGAUAUGAGCUAGGAAAGAGCUAUAUAACAAAUACCUACUGGAGGACAUGUUGGUAAUACAGUAUCAACAGGAGUGGAGAGGGCCAGAGGAUUCUUAUUGAAUAAGGUUAUUACAGCAGAGCAAGUUAAUUAGGUGCUCAAUUAUCUCAAGUAGCUUAGAGACCAAGGCUGAAUUACUGGACAGAAAGAAAGCAUAGAGGGAUCGAGAGACUGCUUUUUUAGGACAGUGUUAGCAGAGAAUUUUUGAGGGAAUACUAGACCGUUCCAGUAGAUUGAGACAGGUUGAUGGGUAAUGCUUUAUAUUUUGAGCAAAACAGACCAAUUUAAAUGUGUAUAUGUCUUUUCCUUCUGUAUGAAAAGGAUGGAUGAUUUCCAGUUAUGUCAAGAAAUAACACGGCUGAAAAAAGAUCUUCAACAGCUAGUGUCCAAACCAGGUGAGUCUCUACAGAAAUGACUGAAUGACUUUGAUACGUUUAAUAUAGCCCUGUCCUCUGUGCCAGGUGAAUGGCAAAGGUGAAGGGUGGUGGGAUAGGACCAUUCUAAUAAGUGUUAUAUGUGUCAGUCACUAUGUGGUUAUUCUGAUCAGAAAAGGAAAAAUCAAGUGAGGACCGGCAUCGAGAAGAUGAAAUCCUUCAACAAAUCCAUAAACUAGUGGAGAGCAGGAAUUACUUAGUAGAUGAUGCAGAGUUUGAACGGUUACGGUAAGUGUCACUGAGAAUGUCAACAACACCAUACAAUGCCUCAGUCAUUGGUCUAGAAACUUACAUUUUUAUAAUUCAAGUCAUAAUUUAUUUUUACUCCAUUUAUCUUCUAUGUAUUGAAAGUACGGACCAUGGAUCCUCCUAAUAGCCAAUUCCUUCAAUAACAAAUCAGCAAAUAUGCAAUUAAUCUACC